AUUUUCACUACUGAAAAAACCAUGGAGUAUCGCACAUUAGACGUAAAUGUUGUCUCCGGUAAAGAUCUAAACAAGGUCAAUCUCAUCACAAAAAUGGAUGUAUACGUCGUCGUUUCAAUCUCCGGCGCCGAUGACGACAGAUCUAAUCAGAAAACCAAAACCCACGUUGAUCAUGACGGUGACAAUAACCCAACCUGGAAUUUUCCGAUCAAGUUCACCAUAGAUGAUAACGCUGCUGUUCAAAACCGUUUGCAUCUUGUUUUCAAGCUCCGAUGUCAAAGGGCGCUUGGAGAUAAAGAUAUUGGACAAGUUGAUGUACCCAUCAAAGAGCUUCUCGAAUCUUCCAAUAGUAGUAAUGGAAGUAAACAAUUUGUAAGUUAUCAAAUCAGAAAACCUUCCGGUAAACCCAAAGGUCAACUCACUUUUUCCUAUCAAUUUAGUGAUAAGAUCACCGGUAAUACUGUCGUUGAUUCUAAAAUUGAAAACCCCGUUACUGCUUAUCCGGCGGUAAAUCCAACUCCGAUGGUGGGAUCCACUUCUGUGUAUCCACCGCCGCCGCAGCAAGGUCCAAGUGGGCUAUACCCACCGCCUCCGACCUACGCUUGUGGUGGGAGUGGACCUGCUCCUCCACCGCCGGUGGGAUAUCCACCAUCAGCAGCGGCAUAUCCACCACCUGCAGCGGCAUAUCCACCACCUGCAGCAGCAGGUUAUCCACCGCAACCGGUGGGUUAUCCUCCAGUGGCGGCGGGAGGAUAUGGAUAUGGAUAUCCACCGGCGGCGGCAUAUCCUCCGCCACCGCAGUAUGGAUAUCCACCACAGCAAGGUGGACAUGGAUAUGGGUAUCCACAGGUGCAACGACCGCCGAAGAAGAACAAUAAUUUGGCGUUAGGAUUAGGGGCGGGUUUGCUUGGUGGAGCACUUGGAGGAAUGAUAAUUGGAGAUGCAAUCUCAGAUGUUGGAGGAGGUUAUGAUGGUGGAUUUGGUGAUGUUGGUGGAUUUGAUUUCUGAUUCUUUUUUUAUUUUUAAUUCGAGUGUUUUUAUUUCAUGAGUAGAAAUUAGUUCUUGUGAAAAUUGUAAUACUAUGAAUUUUUUGAUGACAUAAAUAAAGCAACAUUUAAACAUAA